AUAGAGAACUCUGGGAAAGUGUGACGUGAAGGUCCCAGAGGCCUCUAUCCCUGAUGAUCCAGUUAUUAUUUGAUUUAUGUCAGCUUGCGUUUGCCCUUGUUUUGACCCUAAGGAGGACUGUGUGGGAAGUUUGUCUCUCAGAUAGAACAGAAGCAUUGCUCUGUAGAAUGUCUGGAGCCUAAGUAUAUGAAAAAAAAAAGAGGGAAAAAAAAGAAAAGGAAGAAAGAAAGAAAACCCAAACCCUGAUAAAUAGGGGAAAGGCUCUAUUUGCUCCAGCUGGAAAUCAGGGAGUUGAAGUAAUUGCUGAAUCACAACAUACUCCACUCACUGUGCGUGGAAGAAGACAGGCUAUAAUUUGGUCAUCCAUCUCACAGUCAUCUCCCACCUCAUCUCCUCCAGACGGAAACUUUCCUUGUGACAAUCAAGUAAAAAACAUGCAUUCCAGAAACCUAGUCUGAUACUACAUACAAUAUUCUAUCCCAGCAGUUCUCUGCCUCUUUGCCAUGAGGAAAGAGGCUUUCUUCUUAAAAACCCAGCGCUUACAGAAGUGAAUGAAGCAGUGGGAGUUGGACUACAAUAUGGCAAAUACUUAUGUGACAGUAUCUGAUGGGUACUGUCUUGCUGAACCUAUACAGUAUUAUGAUGUAUUGCCAGAACAGAUCAAUUAUCAGCUGCAGGACCCCGAUUACCAAGCAGCACCUUACUGUCAAUAUUCAACUGUCCAGUUUUCUCAGGCUUUACAAUCUCCAUCUUCUCACAGUCACUACAAUACAUACAGUCUGGAUUCACAGUAUAAUGACGGGCAAUACAUACUUAGCACCAGUGAACUGAAUAAGCCUACUUGUAUGGCUACUCAUAAUGCAGAGGAUGGAUAUCCAGGAAUAAAAAGAUCUAAACUAAGUCAUUCUUCUGUGAGAAUUAAAGGCCAAGAAGAACUUUGUGUAGUUUGUGGUGAUAAAGCUUCAGGAUAUCAUUAUAAUGCACUUACCUGUGAAGGUUGCAAAGGGUUUUUUCGUCGCAGCAUCACCAAAAAUGCAGUAUACAGAUGUAAGAAUGGUGGGCACUGUGAAAUGGACAUGUAUAUGCGUAGAAAAUGUCAAGAGUGCCGUUUGAAAAAGUGUAAGGCAAUGGGAAUGUUAGCAGAAUGUUUGCUAACAGAAGUACAGUGUAAAUCCAAACGACUUCGAAAGAACUUCAAGCAGAAUAGCUUUUUUUGUAACAUCAAAGUUGAAGAAGGAAUAGAUAAUAAGCAUGUGUCAUCUACAACUAGAUUUAGAAAAGUGCUACAGGACAGAGUAGAACUAACUCCAGUUGAACAUCAGCUCAUCGAUCACAUUGUGGCUGCACAUCAAAGAUACACAAUUCCACUAGAGGAAGCAAAGAAAUUACUCCAGGUAGAUGCAAAUCCUGAGGAAAGUUUCUUGCGGCUUUCAGAGACAGCAGUGCUUCACGUUCAGGUGCUGGUGGAUUUUACAAAGAGACUUCCAGGAUUUGAAAGUUUGGCCAGGGAAGAUCAGAUUGCAUUGCUGAAGGGGUCAACAGUUGAAGCAACGUUCCUUCGUUCAGCUCAAAUCUAUAAUCAGAAAGUUAAUGAGUGUCUUUCAUCACCCAGUGAAAAUGCUGUAAAGUUUUCUGGUCAUUCAUUAAACUAUCACAAUCAGAAUGCUGAUCGAAGUGUUAUUUAUUCUAUGGAAAUGUCUCCCAAUGAAGAGAGUCCAACUUCCACUACUACAUCUGGCAUCACUGAAGAUUUUAUUACUGCACUCUUUUACUUCUACAGAAGCAUGGGAGAACUUAAUGUUACUGAAACUGAAUAUGCUCUGCUUGCAGCAACAACUGUGUUUUUUUCAGAUCGUCCACUACUUAAAAAUAAGCAACAUGUGGAAAAACUACAGGAACCACUUUUAGGAAUUUUAUAUAAAUAUUCAAAAAUUUAUCAUCCAGAAGAUCCUCAACAUUUUGCUCGUCUCAUAGGAAGACUCACUGAGCUCAGAACACUGAAUCACAACCAUUCAGAAGUUUUGAUCACCUGGAAAUCCAAGGACCCCAAACUUAAUAGUUUACUCUGUGAGAUUUGGGAUAUGCACUGAAAAGCUACUAAUAUUGCUGAGAUUCCACCAUCACCUUGUUCUUUUUUUUUCUUAAACUUCUUGAAACCAAAGUGUUAAUUUCCUUUAUUUUUAAAGUUUUAUUUUGUACUGUGUAUUUUUUACCAUAAAGUCAUUUCCCUUUAAUGACUCCUCCCUCCCCUGGCCCCCUCCCCCAUCUCUCCCACCAUGUAUCUAUCCCACCUUGUAACAGAAAAUAGGUGCCGCCAAUUUUGACUUUCAUCUGUAUAUUAUGUCCCUAAAUCCUCCUGCUUCUCUCCUUCCUCAUUUCUACCUCCUAGCUUCUCUGGCUUCCUUUAAAUCUUGGAUAAAGUUUCACCUUCUGUAAGAAGUCUUUCUUAGUCCUCCUAAUCUUAGUGCCUCCCCUCUGAGAUUAUCUUCAAUUUACUCUUUAUAUAUCUUGUUUAUACAAAGCUGUUUGCACUUUGUCUCCCUCAUUACACUUAGCAAAAGACAGGGACAGUCUCUCCUUAACCCCUAGCAAAGUGUCUGGCUAGUUGAUUGGCUGACUGAGAGAGGAGGAGGCACAUAUUUCAUUAUCAGUUUCCCAAGAGCAAGAUAGAUCAUGAGAGUGAUUGGUUUUGUUUUGUUUUGUUUUGUUUUACUUUUGUUGUCAUUUACAUUUCUAUAUAUUAUUUUCUCAGUUCUCCUUUUUACUUUUUUAUACUUCAACAUUUAAACUGUUUUACACAGAGGAUGAAUGAAUGAACAUUAAUACGAUAUGAAAAACCCAACAUUUUAGGGAAAAAAAAGAGCAUUAGUGCUCCUUUUAUUUUGUAGAACAAAUAACCUCACAGAAGGGACAUUGAAGACAGUCCUAGUUGGAAGCACAAAAGUUCUCAUAUAGAACUGUUGCUGAUUGGUUCUUUUUAUGGAAUUGAUGAUCAGCUGAGGGAACUUAAGGACUGCCUCAAGCUACAACAGUUACUACAAAAGUCUCUCAGACUUUCUGUUUCCAUUAAAUUGACAACUGUAACUGUCCUCAACUUAUUUUUGGAGUUGAAGACAAUUUUUAGACAAAAUGAAGGAGAAAAGACUAGCUAGUACAAAUAGUUGUAGUUAGAGAAAAGCUUGUAUUUAUAUAGGGUUUAUCAUCAUCUUGCAGAUGAAAAAACAGAGGCUUUAGGUUCAUAGCUAAUAUUUAUUAUAUAAUAGCUUUAAGAUAUGCAAAGCAUAUCACAUUCAUGAUCUCAUUUGAUACUCAGAAUAUCCCAGUGAAGCCGAUUCGACAGGUGUUGUUAGCUUCAUUUUACAGAUAAGGGGACAGGGGUUGAUGGACCUUAAAUAGUUCACUGCUCACAAUACAACUAGUAAGUGAGAUAACCUUUUACCACUCUAUCUUUUAUAAUGUACUGUCUCUCAGGGAGUUUGUGCCAGUAGUUUCACAACAUGAUUAAUUUAGUUCAGCUUUUCAUGACACAUUGAAUAAGAUAAUACCUGGACGCUUUAAAACAUAUUCCUAUUACAAUACUGUGUAAGUGUUAAAAGAGGGAAAAGGUAGUAGGGGCAUUCUAGUUGUUUCCCUCUGCCUUUAUUUGUUUAAAUCUUACCUUUUUAUUAAAGAUAUACUUUAAUAUUUUUUCUUAUUCCUCCUCCAAAACUCUGAAUUAAAAAGUAGUAGUUUAUUCCUGUAAUACAUUUUUUAGGGUAUGCUAUUUUUGAUAAAGUGGCAAAAUAUACUAGAUUUUGAUCACAUUUUAGUACUGUAUUUUGACUUUUUUAAUUGUAUUAUAUCAUAUACACUAACAUUCAUAUCAGUAAAGGAGGUGAUCUAUUACAAAUCCAAUUUUUAGUUUGUCAAUGAUGUAAAAAUAGUGAAACUUAUGAUAAAGCAUCUACUUGAAACUUUUAAUAUGUAGUAGGAAAAUAUAACCAAAUUCUAUUUUUAAUCCUUGUAACUAUUAUUUUUGUGUGCUUUUUACAUCUCUUGUCAAAGUAAUAUUGUUCUUGAAGCACAAAGUAUUUUUACGAAUGUGUUAAGUUAAAUUUUGAGAAAAUUGUGAGGCCUGUGGCCUUAAGAACCAAUGAUUUGACUGUGGUAAUAAUGUUUUCCAAGACUGGGUUUAUAAAUUAAAAACAGGACACUGAAAAUCAUUGGGAAAAUAAUCAUCGUUUCCAGAAAUAACACCCGGUGAACUUCAAUAAAGAGACAAUAUAAAGCGUA